UCAGAACUACGUGCGGUAAGUGUUCAAUGAAACGACUAUGCAAGUUUACUUUUUUCUAGAUGUUUGUCUAAUUCUCGUCGCUGCUGUCAGCUGUGCUCCCGUGAAAAGAAGUGCAACAUUUGACCAUGGUGUCGUCCGGGGUCACGUGACUAGCCACUCAAUCACAGAAGCUUCCGGUUUGUGCGCGAGUCGCCAGCACCACAACGUUUUGUACACCCACAAUGACUCCGGGGAUACCAAUAGGAUCUUUGCCAUAAGUGCCACAACUGGCCAGCGUCUGAUGACCAUCUACGUGGACGGUGCCUCCGCGCAUGACUGGGAAGAUAUCGCGUGUGGGCCUUGCACUGGCGGCAGUGGACAUUGUAUCUACAUCGCCGACACGGGCGGAAACGCCGGCGGAGACUCAAAUACAAUCUACCGCGUGCACGAGCCGACGCAGGAUUUGAACAACGGCAAUGGCGGGGAGAUGCACACACAUGUCGAUAGUGUACUUAAGUUCAGUUGGGAUCAGCACGACUGUGAAACAGUAAUGGUGGACAACAAGGGGGAAGUAUACCUUGUAUCAAAGGUCGGCGCCGGGCACCAUGCUAAGCUUGUGCAUCUUCCAUCACACGCAUGGGGAACCAAUCAGCGCGAGUAUGUAAAUGAGGGCGUUUACCUCUCUGUGACGUCACGAUCUUACAACCCAGUGGGUGGAGACAUUUCACCAGAUGGCACAGAGGUUCUCCUGAAAGCCUACGGUCACGUGUAUUACUGGCACGUACCAGACAGAAACUACUACAGUCACAUGACGUCAUAUCCGGCGGAAUUAUCAUACACACCUGAGCAGCAGGGAGAGGCGGUGGCUUGGGAGCCGUCAGGGGCCGGAUUUUACACGCUAAGUGAGGGGACAAACGCUGCACUUUACUACCAUCGAAGGACCAGUACUGAUAUUGUGGGAUGAAUGAUUGAUGAAUAAAUGGACUGCUGGCAUACA